UAAGGACUUUUGCCCAAAAUUGUUUGGACCAGGAGCAAAACGUCGAAAACUGAAGCUGAUAGCGGGGCCGAACGCAGGGACUGACUCCGAGGCUGGGCAGCCUUUGGAUUGGGCCCAAUCACAGUUGGAGCGAGUCAGACCUGAGCUUGCAAAGUUGCAACAUGGUCCUUGUAUGGAAGAAAAAAAAAAGGCGGCUAUAAGACAACCUGCCUGUUGCAGGGAAAUGCGAAUGCCACGGUAGCCAUUGAUUGCUCAUGUCUUUUUUGUUCGUUUGGGAACAGGCUGCAAAGUGUUUUUGAGACGGCAGCGGCGAAUGCUCGGCUCCACUGCGAUGGCGAACUGAAGUCCAAGGAACGGCGGCACCCUGAUUGGUGUUUGCGAGCUUCUGUUAUAAUGUCGUGUUUCCCAUGUUUGCCAGGCUUUGCCAACAAUAUCAGGGCAAGGCUCGACGGCUGUUAUGGGGAACCCAUGCUCUGGCAGCCAACGCAAAAGCGAGACGUCGUCCUGCAGUGCGGUUACAGGGCAGCUGUCCACUAGAUAGAGCCCAACAAGGCCCAAUAGUGGGAUGCAGGCCUGCGUGAACAGCUGUAAGUGCCAGCAGCGGUUCCAUUUCCAUGUGACGUGAUAUGGGUUCCCAUCGGCAAGCGGUGUCGUAGAGCAAGGGAUCCAAUGGCAGCUAUGGCUGGAAGAGGCGUCACUGAAGCUAUUGAGCUCAAGUGCUGCAAGUCCGUCAUCAUCGCCACCACCGACUGACUACGCCUGGUGAGGGGCAUGGCAGCACCACGUCGCUAGAGGACGGGACAUCGAUCUCGAGUCCCCCGCCAAAAAUAUGAUGAAAAGGGCACCAUAUGGUUAUAGCAAUAACACGCAGGAGUAAAACAAGGCAAAACAAUAGCUUCAAAGAACGACAGAGGAAAACAUUAUUGACGAACCUAGACAUCAUUGCUUGAGUUGCUCUUCGUAGCAGAUCAAAACCUCCUCCCGCAUUGGAGGUCUCAGUGCCCGUCAUGGCUGGCGGCGAGGAGCUGCCGCGGCUUAAAAACAGGGCCGAAUUGUUGCGGCGGAGGAAGAGAGGGGCGAAGCGGGUAUAUUGCGUGAGGUGAAUCGUAUAACGUUGUCGGAUUGGGCGUCCGUGGCCCCAGGAUCGUUGCUCGGGUCGAUGGUAGGAUGAAGUCGCGAUAAGAGACGGUGAUCAAGAGCGCCGACAGAAAAUAUGAUGAUUAUUGUUGAGAAAAGGGAGAGGGGAAAGAUUGAGAUGGCACGAGCAGAAGAAGCGAUGGAGAUGAUAAUUAGACGUCUUUUUUGGGGCAAGGUCAAGGUGAGGUGGGCGUGGGUGACCUGAUGCGGGCUCUAGGGGUGUUGAAGUUCGUACAGUGCGCAAGACGAAAGUCGGGGAGGUUGGAGUACUUUGCAACUUGUGUUUUCUUUUCAACUUGAAAUUCGAGUAUUGGUUCCCAAAAUCAGAUAAGCCAAAAGCAGACGAAUUAUUAGUCCUUGGGAGGGCUCGGUAGCCGCUAAGAGAUGCUGUAGAGCUCUGAAAUACUUGGAUGGGGAGAGAAAGGUUGCAUGAUGAGGUAUUCUAUUCAGGUACUUGAUUACGGUUCAUGUCAUCGGAGGCAGCGUCAAAUACCUUUUAAUGCUUACAUCAUCCUACUAUUCCGGACUCAAACUCACUGCUUUUAGAUCCGAAAUGCAGCAACUUACGUUGGACUUUAUGUUACAGUUGAGACGUCUGCUUUCUUCUCUGCGAGGCUGAAUACAUUGGUGUUUCGGUAUUCGGCUUCACGACCCCAAACUUCCAUCAGGAUGAUUUGAGUUGCACACUGAUCUGUUUUCUGAAGUUGGCUCGGCGCCAUCCGCUAAAAGGCUCGGGCUUCUUGGGCUCUUAGUUCUUGUAGAAAAAAUAACCCCGCCUCUUGAUAAAAACCGAUAACGGGUUUGAAGAUACGUUUGCAGUCAAGGCUGCAUUGGAGAUGAGUCUAGGGAGCUGAAGGUGGAUGCCUCAAGAAAUGUCCAUGACAUCAGCGCUGGAACGAGCUGAUGGGACCAGGCCAAUAUUGUCGAACUUGGCUCUAACAAACAACCUGCGAAGGUAGGGAAUUCAGGCAUGACACCGUAAGUUGCCUUCUGGCUGCUUACAAAACAGCGGUGUCUUCUGGAAGAUGCAAAACUCCCAAAUUGGUUUGGAUAAUGGAGGUUGUCGGGUUUCAACUGAAUCAUGAUACCGCACCCUACUGAGGCGUAUCCACAGAUUACAAUACACACUCCACAGUGCGAGUGCGUAUUUCGAAUCGAGCUGCGACUUACACCAGCAGGGCUACCUAACAAUAGGCCGGCAAGUGGAGGAGAUGGUCCCUCUGCAAGUCUGCCAUCGCAAUUCCCAUCUUCUGAGACGACAGGAAACAAACUUCCAACCACUCGCUCAAAGACUGAUGGGGCUUUUCACUUCAGGCGGGGGUUCAACAAGAGUUGUUCAUUGCUGAUUGCAUACGGAGUACUCCUCUUAUAUUACACAUCAUCAACAUCAGCAACCAGCGGUACCUAAGGCUUGGCGAAAACUGCGUGCUGCCAUUGCUUGGCUGAUAGCCUGAUACUUCACUUUGUUAACCGCUUUGCUAACCAUGAGCAAUACGGUGUCUGGCCCUAGCCUGGUUCAAUAGCAUGGCCAGCUCACUAAGAACCGUGGAGAUUUCGGGGGUGAAGCAUUAUGAUAUCUUAUUUUGAUCAUAAUAACCCAAUAACACUCAUUUCGAAGGAACACAUCUCUACCUAACUUUAGUUGACCUUAGCCCCCACCACAAGACAACACAAGAAGCCCAGAACUUAACAGGGUCUUUUUCAACUCUAGCACUACCUUACUGUGUCUGACCAGUGGACCAUGAAUAUCUCGUGAUAGGUCAAGGUAUUCCAGUACAUCUUCACAAAGUAUCAAUAACAGCCUUGCAACCCAUAAGCUUAUGGUCCCUUCCGGCUCGGGACGACUUCCUCGUUCCGUGAGGCCUAAAGGAUCCAGCCGUGCCAUGGCAUGCAUGAUCCUUUUUGCCAUUGUUCAAUACAGCCCAGCUCACCAAAACCCAGGCCUGCGAGGUGACCGACCGAUAGCACAAGUCGCCGUCUGCCGUAUACUCUGGUUCACCCUGCUUUUCAGCCUCGGUGCAUCAAAGUCGGCCUCAGCAUCAAUCAUUUGUCAUUAAUCCGGUUGCCUACUGUGUUACACUGGAUCUUUGGUGAACCGACAAUACGGAUACGGAGUCCCAACAUUUGCAUGUGGUCAGUAGGUGAGGCAGUUUAAGCGACUGCAACAUGACUUCAUUGCCACUAUCUAGAACAAGGGUAUUGUGUUUUGAUCUGCUGCUUGAGUCAUCUGAGGGCCUUGGUUGAAAGUUUGUUUCAGUUACCAGACUACAUAUGUACCAUUCUACAGCACAGUACACUCAGGCUAAGGGAUACAAGUAAAAACUCAAGACUUUGAUCUUAUAACUUAGCAUAAGGUUUUUCUUCUCUUUCUUUUCUUUGGCUUUUUUUCUUUAAAUUUUAUAUACAUAUAUACAUAUAAAUCUAGGAAGGAUUAAUCUAGAGUACCUAUUGCUGAGUAUACUUUAACACCAUAUAUAAUAAAGGUCUGAUGCUUUCUUGCUCCCCAAGCUCAGGAUGAUAUGCGCCGUGUUUCACAUCUUCCAACCUAGAUCUGAUGUCCAUACUCGUGUAUUUAAAGAGACCUUGAUCUCCUGUCUCAAUGACACAAGUUCGCGUCCAUUAAAUAUGAUAUAUUUCCAAACAAUAUCAGAAUCGGACAGGCAUAACGUGGGUCCUAGUUUAUUGUCCGUGGCUUCUCUGGAAUUGCAAUAAAUCGCAUGCUUCAGCUCAUCCGUGGUUGGGUUGACUUCCAAUGGGGACUUCACCAGGUCUGGUGUUCUCGUCUGUAUCAUUGUAUAGACCAACCAAGUCAUCACAGACCUGAUCUUAGUAUGGCGAUUGAUCGGCUUUCAGCUCUUGCUGCAACCUUCCCAUGUGGCUGUUGUGUUACAAUCCCCUGCCCUAUUGGGCAAUAUUCCGAUUGUGACACCUCAAACCAGACACAUCGACUUGCUAGUGAGGUUUUGAAAGAAACAAAGUAACAUAGCUUUGAGUGAACUGACAAGCACGCCAGGGCUACAGGGGCUCACAAUGAGGCGUGACUAGUCCCGUAAGCUGAAAUGCAUGGCGCAUCAUGCCUGGAACACUGCGGCAUAUCACCGACCGCAUCAGAGUUUUCAUAAUAUAUCCGAUUGAUUGGUGUAUCACUAAAAUCUUCGUAACAGAGAAUGAUAAACGACGAAAUUGUGAAUUGAAUAGCCAUGAAGCUCAACCA